GGCGGCAUUCAGCUCAUCCUCUCCGGUGACUUCUGUCAGCUUCCGCCAGUUCCGCUAGACGGAAAGGCAGUCAAGUUCGCAUUCGACGCUGAGUCAUGGUACCCAUGCAUGGGACCACCAGUCAUUCUGACGAAGGUCUUCUGUAAUGGGGCAUGGACUUAUACGGACUUGUGGGCGCCCGUGGGCGCAUGGACAUCACGUGGGCACGUGGCCCGGCUUUAUAUUACUUCUUGA